AAAAAAGAUGGCUACCGAUAUCAAUGUCGGUGAUACAGAACAUAAGAAAAUAAGAAUAUCACCUGUUACAACUUUUAGAACGCCUGCAACGUCAGAAAAAUCUGAUAAUACGAACUCUCAGGAGGAUCACAACUCUGAGCCUCAAGACGUCGAGUUUUAUGAUGGUGGAGAGGGUGAAGGAGAGGACUUGGAGGAUGGACUCAAAGAUCUGAUGGGUCGGCUUGGUCGCAUAGGAUUACGAACACCGUCUCCCAUUUUGGAAGUAUACGCCCCUGAGAGGUUCCCUGCCUCUUAUAAGGAGAACGAUGAAAAGGAGAUGAAAGCGAUUCAAUACUGCAAGAACUUCCUGAAACAGUACAACCACCUGUGCUACACUCGGAGGCCUCUCUUCCUGAAGCCUCGCAACGAGUUUGGAGUCAAGAAACUAGUCUGCACUACCAUAGUGCCUACACAGCUGCCAUUUUAUGAGCUUCUAGACUGGCCUAACAUCGCCGAGUUUCUCGCUGGCUAUCUAAACUACAUCAAACUGAAGCCUCCGAGUGAGCUUCCUCAAACUCUGCACGCACCCCAGUCAGUCCUGGAGAGGUUGUACGGACACUGUUUUGAAUACAGCACUGUCCUGUGCAGCAUGCUCAUUGGCGCCGGAUAUGACGCGUUCGUGGUCAGUGGGUACGCCACGAGAGAGGUCUGCCGCCGAGACCUGUCCUACACAAUCUGUCCAUUCGUGGAACAAGAUCAGAUUAAAUUCACAGCGGCCAUCGCCAAAAACAUCUCUCGUUACACGAUCCGGCCACCACGCUGGGUGCAAAGCGAGUACGAACUGCGCAUGGCCAAGAAGUCGCAUGCUAUAAAGAAAGAAGAGGAGGACAGCAGACGUAAAGUGGAAGAGAGGGCAAGGGAGCUGAAUGAAGCUCCGCCCCCAGAUGAACUAGAAGGUCGCAGAGUUCAUUCCUGGGUCAUGGUCUUGAAAGGUCGACGAGACGUUCAGGAGACGUUCUUCAUUGAGCCCAGCACCGGCGUGGCUCACCCGACGUCUUGGGAUCAAUACCUCCGUAUAGAGUCCUUAUGGAAUCAUUUGAAUUACUACGUGAAUAUGAAUGAAACCCUGGACGUUGCAAGCUUGAACUACGACAUUGGAGACAGCCGUCACUGGGAGUAUGUGUUUGCUGGUCAAGACCUACACAUUCACUACACGGCAGAUGAGGCAAGACACAAGAAGGCCGCUCUGGCCUUGAUGGGAGACAACUGCCCUGAUGAGCUAUUUUUAGAUUUACCUAUGUCCUGGUGUCUGCCUCUGAAAAUAUCACGAGAUGAUUAUGAUCGGAAGUACCCGACAGGCAAACGAUCCCGACGCUACAAGUACACAAUUUUGGAGGAUUUCUGCCCGUACCUAAAUCCCGACGGAAUGGUGCGCAAACUUUAUGUGUACUCAAAUCUCGCGUGUACGGACAUCUCCUACACUAUUUGUUACUUCGCUGACCGUUCGGACCGCCUGGAGAGUAGAUUCUUUCAUCAACAGACUGGAAAAAUUAUAGAGAAAUUCAGCGAAGGGAGAGACGACUUCCUUCUAGAGCACCACUACUACGCUUUCCGGAUAGAGUCUGAGAACUCCAGGCUGAUGAUCUUCACCGAAGGGAAGAGAACGGACGAGCUGUACCGUCGAGAGGAAGAUGCCAACUACAUCAGAAGCUACUACAAGAACAGAUCCGAUAGAAAAACGUUCAAGGAGUCCAGAUUCGGGCCGGAGGGUAGAAUUCUGGAGAGCCCCAAGAUAUUGCUGCCUAACCCCAGGCCCAUUGAAGCUAUAAUUGAGACGUUCGAGAGAAAUCCGAAUGUUCCCGCCAACAGCGACAUCGCCAUGGUGACCUUCAACUUGGCCACAGACGAGAUUGAGAUUGAGUAUCACGUGGACGACAACAGCAUCUUCGGAAGCACUCGGCACUUCACGAAGCCGCCCAACUGGUGGGACGAGACCCAGGUCCUGAACUGGUCCCCAGAACUGCACAGUAGUUUCGAGGCCAAUUAUUUGACCAAACCAAAAAGUGAGCUGGAGCUGUAUGAGAUGUUGAUUGGUUUGAUGAAGAUGGAGUCGAAGACAAGGGACAUGACUCGAAUGGUGGAGAAGGAGAUCAGGCACAUACUGAAAGUCAGGAACAGAGAGGAAGAGAAACUGGAACUGGUCAGGACCUAUGUCCAGGCAGACAGAGACCAGGCCUUGCGUGAAGUUAGGCUUAAACUAAAGGCUCAGGGCAAGGCUGCCAGGUAUAUGUCCAAGCAGGACAUUCUGAGGGACUAUCUGGAGCCCUUCAUGCACCGAGUCGGUCUGGACGAGAUAACCAACAAGAAGCAAGCUGUCCGGGUCAAGGACGACUGUCUUCGUGACCUGAAGGAGGCAUUGAUUAAUCAGGCUUCAAUGAUUAAGGAACAAUUUAUGAAGGAGACGAAGAUCAUUGAGAACUCGCAGAAGAUGUACCACGAGCAGUUUACCACCCUUAGUUCGACAGAAGUCCAGGAGUACAAGUCCUACCUGUUACAGCACAUGUUCAUAGCUCACAUCCUGGAGCAGAGACUGGUCAAUCUGAAAGAAUACGCCCCUGUCAAAUAUCAGGAACUCUACGACAGGAUGUUGAAAGACAAGAGACUGGAACCUUUCCUUAUCUAGGUUUUUUUUCUAUCCAAGUUGAGUUUUAACAAGAAACACUCUGCUGAAGUCGCAAUUUUUUAUAGUUCUUAAAAUUUUGACCUGUUGUUUUUUAAAUAACGAGAAUUUUAGAUUUCAUAGUAAAACUGUGAAUCGAAAACAAAUGUUGAAACUUUUACACAAUAACAGUUAUUGCUCGAA